AUGACAUCCCCCGACACAUCAGGUGAUGCAGAACUCCUGGAUCAAUUCAGACUUCUUCACAACGCAAACGGUGAAGUUGUUGGCCAACUGAACUUGACGGAUAACGAGCUCACCCACUUUGGCCAGGAAAGUGGCAUCUUGGAUCCAAAUGAAAACGCGAUAAAGGCUCGCCAUCCAGACGACAUUUUGUUCUGGAAUAUAACCAUACCGCUCGAGCUCUUGCAGAAUCUGAAAGUCGCCGAUGGACCUUCGGAGGUUGGCCGCCUAAUGAUGGGCCAAGGUGCAGAAGUAGCAUGUAUUCUUUCAAAUGAAUGGAAUGAGACUGGGAUAUCCUUGGUAAACGAAUCCACGCCAGGAUAUCUCGUACAAUUUGAUCGAUAUGUGCGUGCAUCCAUGAAGCCAAUCACAGCCAUACAGAAGUACAACGACAGGAUCGUCGUCCAGGAUCAUCAAGAGGUCAAACAUACAUUCACUGUGCGCAAAGGUGUGAGCAAAACUACUGAGGUGUCAUUGGAACUUACAGUGGGCAUGGGAGCCAGCAUCAAAGGAAUCUUCGAAUUCGGCGUGUUGGCAACUGGUAAAGUUGCCCAGAGUGUGACGAAGUCGGACGAGACAGAGGAGACAUGGGAGGAGAAGUUGAAAGGUCCUGUUGAUACUUGGAGGUACCAACAAGUUGUGUUGUACGCUACUAGGGUGAAGAAAUCAGACGUGGUGAUGUUUUCCUUAAUACUGGACGCCGACGCUGCCUUUUAUGAAAAGGGAGACAGCUACUAUGUCAUUACUCCUGCAUACAGGAGGGUAAAGGCAGACUCACGAUCCUCUGAACUGACCACCAUCAAGCAAAAGGUCUUUGUGGAAGAUCUUUUGAUUUCUGGUUUUCCUAGAUGGUCCAACUAA